AUGGCUGCUGAUACCACUGUUGCCGAGAAUCUCCGCACCGCGCUCUACGAUACCCAUGUAGCCCUUGGCGCCCGCAUGGUGCCCUUCGGCGGAUGGGACAUGCCGGUGCAGUAUGAGGGGGUGAUCGCCGAGGUGGCGGCCGUGCGCAACGCGGCCGGCCUGUUCGACGUUUCACACAUGGGCCGACUGCACAUCGGCGGCCCCAAUGCGGCCGCGCUGCUGGACAUCCUGCUCACCGGCUCCGCAUCCGGCCUGCGCGUGGGCCGCGCCCGCUACUGCUUCAUCUGCAACGAGCGGGGCGGCGUCAUCGACGACACCAUCUUCUACCGCCUCUCCGAGGACGAAUUCCUGCUCAUUCCCAACGCCGGCAACCGGCCCGAAGUGGCCCUCUGGUUCGACCGGCAGCUCGCCCUCCAUUUCGACGGACGCGGCGUGCAUAUCACCGAUCGCACCAUGCUCACCAGCCUCAUCGCGGUCCAGGGACCCCGAGCCGUGGAGAUCGUCGACCAGCUGUGCGAGGACUUCACCCCCGGCGCUCGCCUGGCCCGCAACCCGGGCCGCAGUCCGGCGCCGUCCCUGCUGCGCCCCUUCACCUGGGGCCGCGGCCACAUCGACGGUCGCCGCGUUUUCAUCGGGCGCACCGGCUACACCGGAGAGGACGGAUUCGAACUCGCCCUCGGUUCCGCCGACGCCGUCGCCAUCUGGAACAAGCUCACCGCAGCCGGCGCGGUACCCGCUGGCCUGGGCGCGCGGGACGUUCUCCGGCUGGAGGCCGGCCUUCCUCUGCACGGCCACGAGCUGUCCGACACCAUCACCCCCAUCGAGGCCGGCCUCGGCCGGUUCGUCCGGCGCGACGGCGGCUACAACGGCGCCGACGUGUUGGACCACCAGCGAGUUUACGGAACCGCACGCCGCUUGGUCGGACUGACCCUGCCCGGGCGUAGCGCUCCCCGCGCCGGUUAUGACGUGUUGGCCGAUGGCCAGGUGGUCGGCACGGUCGCCAGCGGCAGCUAUUCGCCCACCCUGGAGCAGUGCAUCGCCAUGGCCUUUGUCGACGCCUCCCACGCUGCCCCGGACACGGUCCUCACUGCGGACAUUCGCGGGCGUCAGGCCCAGGUAUCAGACAAAGUGAAUCCCGAAGACCGCAAAUACUCCAGGGAGCAUGAAUGGGCCCUGGUUGAAGAUGCCACCGCCGGAACCGUCCUGGUCGGCAUCACCCACUACGCGCAGGACCAGUUGGGCGACGUCGUGUACGUGGAGUUGCCCGGGACCGGCGCCCCAGUUGGGCACAUGGACAAGAUGGGAGAGAUCGAAUCCGUCAAAGCCGUGUCCGACCUGUUUUCGCCCGUCAGCGGCGAGGUCACCGAAAUCAACGGGCGCUUGGCCCAGGAGCCUGAACUGGUCAACACCGACCCGUUCGGCGACGGUUGGAUGCUGCGGGUCCGGAUGAACGACCCGGCCGAGCUCGACGCGCUGCUCGAUGCGGCCAGUUACAACGAGUACCUGGGCGGUCUGUAA